UAUAUUUUGAAGAAUUAAAGGUUGUAGAGUGCUGAGACUGAAGAGUGCAGCGUCUAUAUCCAGUUUACCCAACAAACAGUGACAACCCAAACCAACCACUUUUGAUUGCUUAGGCAGAGUGGUACUCUUGGUUGCUUUUGUAGGUGAAGCCUCUCAGAUAAUUCUUUGAAAUCACUUCUAACGAUGGAAGAAUUCACAGCUGCUAAUAUUGCCGUUUCUGAUGAGAAACGAGAGGAGGAGCUAGAAAAGACAAAGAAGGGCACUGUUGACUACUCUAAGCUAGAGGAAGAGGUGGCAGCAGCGAAGAAACAUGCCGAGGAGGGUGACUUGACAGCAGCACUGGAGUGCUUGCUUUCUCUUGAAAAGCAGCACAGGCUGGGAGAAGACAUCACAGCAACAAAGCUUUGCUGCACAGCAAUCCUGGAUGCUCUUUAUGAAGCAAAGGAGUGGAAGCUUCUCAAUGAGCACAUACUAUUGCUGGCAAAGCGACGAUCACAACUAAAGCAGGCUGUGCAAGCUUUCGUGCGGCAAGCGAUGGGAUACAUUGACCAAACCCCUGACAAGGAGUCAAGGGUGGAGCUAAUAAAGACGCUUCAGACUGUUACAGAGGGAAAGAUCUUUGUGGAGAUAGAGCGCGCACGGCUGACUCGGCAGCUGGCCAAGUUGAAGGAAGAGGAGGGCAAGAUUGACGAGGCGGCAGAGAUCCUGCAAGAGGUGGCAGUGGAGACGUUUGGGGCGAUGGCGAAGACAGAGAAGAUCUUCUACAUCCUGGAGCAAGUGCGGCUGUGCCUGGACCGCAAAGAUUUCAUCAGGGCCCAGAUCCUGGCCAAGAAGGUGAGCCCGCGCGCAUUUGUGGACCAAUCACACAAGAAGGGGCAGAACGCUGGCGAGGUGGGCAUUGAGGGGACCACCAUCCAGGCAGCCGACGCGGGCACCCCAAGCCUGCCGGAGCUGAAGCUGAUGUACUACCAGCUGCUCAUCCGCUACCACGAGCACAACAACUCCUACAUCGAUAUCUGCCGCUGCUACAGAAGCAUCUAUGAGGUGCCCAGCAUCGCAGAAGACCCGGCCAAGUGGGGCCCUGUGCUGAAGCGCAUCUGCUGGUAUGUGAUCCUGGCGCCAGCUUCCAGCGACCAGGUCACUCUGCUCGCCACCACAGCCGCCGACAAGAAGCUCGUGGAGCUGCCCGCUUACAAGGAGCUGCUGCAGAGCUUCAUCACCAAAGAGGUGCGCUGGUGGUCUGCUUUUGAGAAGGAGUACUCAGGGGAGGUGGAUGCGGAGGCCAUCAUCUUUGGCGGCGAGGCCGGGGCCAAGCGCCGCGCGGACCUGCGGCUGCGAGUCAUCGAGCACAACGUGUUAGUCAUCGCCAAGUACUACGCGCGCAUCACCCUCGCUCGCCUCGCCCAGCUCCUCGACCUGUCCGCCGCCGACACGGAGAAGCACCUGUCAGACAUGGUGGUGGCCGGGGCGCUGACGGCGCGCAUCGACCGGCCAGCCAGCAUCGUGCGAUUCGCCGCGCGGCGCGAGCCGGCCGUGCUGCUGAACGGCUGGGCGUGCAACAUUCGGCGGCUGCUGGACGUUGUGGAGAACGCGACGCAGAACAUCCAGAAGGAGUCCAUGGUGCACAAGGUCGCCAUUGGCGCUGCAUGAGGAAACUGAUCUUUCCUGUGAGAGCUUCCCUCGUGUGGAGGUAGUUCUUAGCCUCAGGGUCCAAAAGGCAGCAGAUGGCUGGUGUACCUGGUUUGAGGCACUCAAGAGAACUGUCUGAAGUCUUGUGCGGUCCUCGUGGACCCAAGGUGCGUGGGAAACACAAGCAGGCUCAAGUCCCAAGGAAGCGGCAAUCUCCAUGAGAUUGGAAUGAGAAUGUGUUUGGCUGCGGUGGGUGUUGCUUUGCCGCAUAGACCCGUGAUGCCACGAAACAGACUUUCGGUUGUGUCUUGCAAAGACAUGCUUGAGCUUAAAUUGUAUGAUGCUACAUAACUUAUGUCUGUAAUGAUAACAGACUCC